CGCGCCUGCGCGUGUCUCACCGCUGCUCUCCGCCUCCUCCUGCAGACACGACGCUCUCCGGUGCUCCGGCCCGCCCGCGCGCUGACCCCUCCCCCCUCUCUCUCCGCUCCGCUCUGCGCUCGGUACCGGUUACCGGGCAGCUGCUGGCUGAGCUCGCGGGCGCUCGCGCUUCUCUAACAGACUCGCUUUAAAGGGAAAUCACCUGAGAAGCGUCCACGCGCCUUUCCGUGCGUCACGAGACUCCGCUUUACCAGCCGGUAACAACACAACUACUAAAAGUUCGGGUUCAGCUCCGGUUCUUUCUCCAGCUCCGCGGACUGAACGCUGCACGGAACCGUAUCAGAACCGCGCGGGACUUUUGAGUUUAAUUCCCCACAGGCUCGUGCCUGCGUGCUUUAUUAUUCUAGCUCUCGGGUGCGCGCACCGCUCUCUCUCUCUCGCUGUAGCAGGCCGGGAGCGCGCCGCUCGUGCUGGCCAUCAUCAUGUCCGGGGACGAGGUUCUGAUCCCGGACGACAAGGCGUUCAUCAGCUUCAAGAUCGAGUGCUGCUCGGACGAGGGAUGGAGCCUCACCUACAACAAGACAGGAAUCACCGUGCUGAUUCAGAUCCUGGAGGAGGAGAAGUCACUACACAAGAUUAAGUGCCGGAUGGUUUGUAAGGAUGUUGCUGCAGAAACCAUGUACGAUGUUCUUCAUGAUAUCGAGUACCGGAAGAAGUGGGACUCGAACGUGAUCGAGACCUUUGACAUCGGCAAACUGACCGUCAAUGCAGACAUCGGCUACUACUCCUGGAAGUGCCCGAAACCCCUGAAGAAUCGAGACGUCAUCACCCUGCGCUCCUGGUUACCUAUGGGCAAAGAUUACAUCAUAAUGAACUACUCUGUUAAACAUCCAAAAUACCCUCCUAAGAAGGACAUGGUGCGGGCGGUCUCCAUUCAGACGGGUUACCUCAUCCAGAGCAACGGCCCUUCCAGCUGUACCUUAACGUACCUGGCACAGGUGGACCCUAGAGGUUCUCUACCUAAGUGGGUUGUGAAUAAGUCUUCCCAGUUUCUGGCACCUAAAGCGAUGAAGCAUAUCUGUAAGGCGUGUUUGAAGUACGCUGAGUGGAAGCAGAGGCAUAACCCGGGCUAUAAGCCGUGGCUGUACCCUGAGCAGAACCCCCUGUCCAGCAUCCCUCUGUCCGAACUGUCCAUCCAGCACGCCGACUCUCUGGAGAACAUCGACGAGAGCUCUCUGAGUGAAGGCAAGGACGAGCGCGCCGAGCACAGCGACGACGACGCACCUAACUGACAAACACACACACACACACACACACACACACACACACACACACACCUGCUGUACGAGUUCUGAUUGGGGUAUAUUUAUGUUGCAGAGCAGUGAGGGGGGCACCAGCCAGUACACACAAACACACACACACACUUAGUCCACUUAUUGUGUGACAAAAUGAGAAACCUCAUGUCUCAAUCUUGUCUACAUACACAGCCAAUGUCACAAUCUCUCUAAUGACCCCAAGUUUAAUAUAAAAAAAAAACAACAAAAAAAAAACUUCUAAUAGAAGUCUAUUGGUCCUAUCAUCAUUAAAUUUUGACAGAAUAUAAAGAGCAAAUGUCAGAUUCAGACUAUGUCAUAAAAUGUUUUUGCUUUCUGACAUGAUUUAAUUUGAUCUGGCAGAUCUUUUUCAAUAGAAAUGCUCCAAAAUGUCUUGAAAUAAACCUUUUUACAUUGACUUCCAUUAAAAGUUAUUUUUUUAUUUUUAAAACAUAAAUAAUUAUACAUAAAUAAGUAUAGAUACAUCCACUUAAGUUACAGAUUACCUAUUAAACUACCUGUCCAGUAUGGUCAGUGUAAAGUUUAUCAGUUCAGUUUUCUGAAUGUUUGAGGGUAAAUUAGAAAAUGUGAUGUACAAUUAAAUGUAUUAUUUUUUUAUUUUUUUUAUUUAGUAUAAUGAAGAAGAAAUAAGUUUUCGUAUAUUUUUCCUAUUUUUUAUGCCUUUUGCAAACUGUAUUUUAGGAAAAAACAAUAAAUAAUCCAAUUUACACAACGACCUACUUUUUGUACAUGAUGCAAAAAUUUAAAAUCAUAAAAUGUACAAAAUUUCCCAAAAUUCAGAUUUUUCAUUUCAGAAAAGAAAAAUUGAAGAGCCAUUUCUUCUUCAUUAUACUAAAUAAAAAAUAAAUUAAACACUUUUUUUAUUUUCUAAUUUAGCUUCAGACAGUCCAAAAAUUGAGCUGAUCCAUUUUACACUGACCCAGUCUCUACUACCACCUGGGAUACCAUAGCAACCACAUAACACCAAAGAAACCACCCAGGUGUCCAAAGCAACCAUCCAGGUUUCCAAAGCAACCACAUUUCAACAGCAUAGCAACCACCUAGCACUUAUUUGUCAAAAUAAUUACACCCACAUAACAGCCCCCUAGAUACCAUAGCAACCACCUAGUAACUGCUUGGAACUGCUUUUCUACCUUCUAAUUUAGCUUCAAACUGUCAAAAAAAUUGAGCUGAUCAAUGUUACACAGGUACAGUCUCUACUACAUUUUUUCAGUUUUGGCCACAGAAGUCCAACUGAUCAGAUAUUUAAGCAGUUUAGCUUUUGCCACUUUAUUGGAAACCCUCACAGUUUUGCUCCACAGAAGUCCAACUGAUCAGAUAUUUAAGCAGUUUAGCUUUUGCCACUUUAUUGGAAACCCUCACAGUUUUGCUCCACCUUGCUGGUGUGCACAUGGAGGCUCAUCUGUUGAGGUAUGUUGUUUGGAUCACACAGUCUGCAUUGGCUGGUCAUUUGUGGAUCUACUUCCCAGUCUAGCAGUGGCGCUUGCAUGUGUACCAACUGCAGUACCCCACUGUGCCUCAUAUGGCCUACCAGUAAACCACACACAUCAGUGUUUGUAUCUGAGGUGGUUCACCACUCAGAUAAGGUCUGGACACAACAGUCUUGUGAUCAGAAACCAGUGUUCAGUGAUGAUUGUGAUUUAAGGGGCCAGUAAAUUGUAAAGGGUAACAUCCCUGUCCAAUGGAACCAAUUCAAAAUGAUCUCUAUUUUUGUCGAUUUUUAGUUUACAACAUAAUUCAAACACACAAACUGUCCCUUACACUGUCAAAAUUUCUUUGGUUCGUUGAUUAAUGGAUGUAUAGAAGUCAGGGGUUCUAAUAAAGUGGCAACUGUGUAUGUAGUGUAUGUAAAGCAGUCAGAGAAGCACCGCUGGUACACACACAUUCCCCCUUCAUCAAAAAUAAAGGCUCACAAAUACACACAGAUUCUUUGUUUGCUUUUGACACCACCACCACUGCCCACUUCUUGCCCUUCUAACAAAGAUGCGCCUGUGACUACAUUUCCCAUGAUUCUUUGUGCUCUGAACCCCCCUCUCCUGUCACGCAGUAGAGUGGAUUAUGUGAAUGAAUGAAUGUAGUGAAAUUUAAAGUGAAAUAAAAACAAACCGGAUCCAUGUCCGGAUUUUUUGGCAA